AUGUUUACCGGGUUGAUUGAACACAUAGGUACUGUGAGCGACUAUUCACCGUUAGACUCCUCUGAAUCUGGUGGUGGAGGAGUCUCAAUCACUAUCGCCGAUUGCGCACCAAUUUUGGUGGAUGUCCAUUUAGGUGAUUCCAUUUCAGUAAAUGGUGUUUGCUUGACAGUGACGGAAUUCGAUCUGGAAAAGACACAUUUUAAAGUUGGUGUUGCUCCAGAAACAUUGCGUAGAACUAACCUCGGAGACUUGAAGAACGGAUCUCCAGUUAAUCUCGAAAGAGCCGUAACCAGUGACGUUAGAUUGGGUGGCCAUGUAGUUCAAGGGCAUGUUGAUACCAUUGCGAACAUCACCAAAAAGGUCCCCGAUGGAAAUGCAAUUACUUUCACUUUCCAGUUGAGAGACACCCAGUAUAUUACUUAUAUUGUAGAGAAAGGGUUUAUCUCUAUCGAUGGUACUUCUUUAACUGUAACGGACGUAAAUUACUCUACCAACGAAUUUCUGAUUAUGUUGAUUAGCUAUUCUCAGGGUAAGGUAAUUUUAGCGAAGAAGGCGCUCGGAGACAGCGUAAAUAUCGAAGUAGACUUAACUGGAAAAUUGAUCGAAAAGCAAAUCGAAAUAAGUCUCGAGUCACAAAUUGCCACUGAGGGAAGUGCCUUGGUGAAGUUAAUUGAGAAAAUUAUAGACAAGAAGUUGGAGAGCUAUAAAUUGAAGUAA